CUUGGAAAAAGGUGGGGGCUCUAGGACAUUGGUACCACUGAUUACGCCUCGUUUCCCAAUCCGAAUAGCGGCGUACCAUCGUACCGACGUACCUAGCCAUUUUCUUUAGUCCUAUUGAUUGCAGCCAUUGAGAAUUGAGUGCGUACGUCCAGGGCCUCACCUGCCCAGAACAAUCAUUCAAUCGUCUCUUUUUUCGCCUCGUUGCACCCUCGAAUUCGCGCCUGCCUGCCUACACACUCACCCUCCCUAGAAAAUCGGCUUACGUUUUUUCCGUUCUCAUUUUUUUUUUUCAUUCGACAAUGCGUUAGAGUUCUAAUCCUUCUCACGAUCAAGUCACUCUCUCUAAUAUUUUCCCCUUUAAGCGGAAUAUCAUAUACCCACCUACACCUACACCCUCUCGAACGAAAACUCUACACCUGAAAACUCGAAAUCAUUAAUAUCCUUUGUCAGCGAACCCUUUAAACAAACAACCCCCGCCUAACCUACUUCCUACCUACCCGCGCCCAGCCGCCACACCGUCAGAAACUCUAACCCGGCAUAAAAAAAAAAAAUUCGGAAAAAAAAAAAAAAGAGACGAUGGGCAUCUUCAGCCAACGAACCAAGCACAAGCCCGCAGCGCAAGAAAUCCGCGUCGAAAAAGUCAUCAUCCCCUCAAAACCGAGGCCCAGCACUCUAACACCGAACGGACACUCCCGCGCGUCGACAUCAAGCCAAUACCUCUCCGCCUCUCCCCGCCCAUCCCCCAACCCGCGGCUCUCCCGUCCCAAAAGCGCGUCCCCGUACCCGUCCUCCGCAGACGAGAAGCGAAGCAGUAUCCGACGGAAGCGCAAAGCAGUCUCAAGUAGCACACCACGGGACUCACCCGCUUUCGGAAAUGACUCGGAAUCGUCGGAUGAUGGGGGAGACCCCUUUCGCAAGAGAUUGCGCCGGAGUGAGGAGAGAUCGAUAGAUUUGAAUCGCAAGUUACGGCAUAAGAAGGCGUUUGGCGAUGAAGUUCGCGAUUCGCGCAUAAUACACGCGGCGGAUAUUGCAUCAGUCGCUACCAAAUGCCCUCCGAUCCAGGGCGCGGAGCCAGAAGAAGUCGCGAUCGAGCUGCAAUAUCCGUCGCGGUGUAAGCGCGAGAGGUACGAGCUAGUGUGGCAGAAAGACAAGAUCGACGCAGUGAAAGACAUCCUCGCAGUAGUCGAGCACGUGGCCGAGACAUAUCUCACCGAUGACGAAGCAAAGCCCUUCAUCGACCACAACGCCAGCUUUCGGCGACAGAUGGAGCGCGCCAUAAGCGAGAAAUACAGAGACGUGCCCGUCUUCAGGACAGCACUUCAGAACUACAACGGCAAGCUAUUAGAAUUGGUGGAGAACGGCACGAUAGCGAAGAAUAUAGAAGAGUUGCACCACCUCCCACCCAGUCUAGUAUCCUUCAUCCUAACCCAGGUGUACGACCGUACCGUGGCACCCAAGGUGGAGAUGCUCACAAAAUACCAGAUGGGAAGCGAUAAUGUCUACGGAGAAUUGCUGCAUCCAUUCAUCACAAAGUUGCUCGUUGAGCAGACGAAAAUGACCUCCGACCAAGUUUUCAUAGACCUCGGCUCUGGUGUGGGGAACGUCGUCCUCCAAGCGGCGCUCGAAAUCGGGUGUCGGAGUUACGGCUGCGAGAUGAUGGAAAACGCCUGUAACCUAGCCGAGGCGCAAGAGAAGGAGUUUAGAUCGCGAUGUCUUCUCUGGGGCGUUGCGCAUGGAAGAGUCCAUCUGGAGAGAGGAGACUUCCGAACCAACGCCAAGAUAUUAGAAAAGUUGAAGGAGGCCGACGUAAUUCUUGUCAACAAUAAAGCCUUCACUUCGACCCUCAACGACGCUCUCAUCAACAUGUUCUUAGAUUUGAAGAAGGGCUGCAAGAUCAUAUCGUUGAAAUCUUUUGUUCACGAAAAUAAGACCGCCAUCAACGACGUCGCGAAUAGUAUCCUUGAUGUUCAACACUACCGAUACCACGAGAAUUGGGUCAGUUGGGCUGCGUCGGAAGGCGACUAUUACAUCUCAAUCAGGAAGUAAGGGUUUUGCUAUUCAAAGGCGACCUAAGAGAAAAGAAUCAGGGUUAGCGGGAGUUUCGACUGUAUAGAAUUUCGGAGAGAGAGUGGGUAGAUGGACAGUGACUAAAGGAUACCAUAUUUCAUAUUUGCAUAGACGAGCGUUCAUCGGAAGGGAUACCAAGAGAGGCAUCAAACACAGAGCAGGCAACUUACUAUACAGGUUCUGGGGUCUGUAAGUUCAUCGAUAGAGUACGGCGAUUCAAUAUAUUUCGUCGUGAUUUUGUGCGCCAUGCUAAGUAAUUGUCACCUCCGAUUCUUA